CCUUGCUUUAUUAACGACGAUAUUUUUAAGUAAACAACCAGCAGUGCAUACAUUUAAAAUAUACCACAAUGACUACAAACGUACAACAUUUAUCGAAACAACAAUGCUUGGAAUUAACAAAGGUAACAAGUGCAAUAUUAGCUAAAGGAAAAGGAAUAAUAGCCGCUGAUGAUGCACUUGAUGAUAUUGGACGAAAAUUAAAAAAUGUUGGAUUAGAAAAUACUGUUGAAAAUCGCCGUAAAUAUCGUGAAUUACUUAUUACUGCUGACAAGGAAAUGGCUCUUUAUGUAUCUGGAAUUAUAUUGACACCUGAAACACUUUAUCAGAAAACAUCUAACGGUGUUCGAUUUGUGGAUGUUUUAAACCAAAAAGGAAUAAUACCGGGUGUAAAUGUUGAUGGUGGUCUAGUGGAUUUACCAUUUACCGAAGAUGUUGCUACUCAAGGAUUGGAUAAUUUACAUGUACGAUGUGCUGAAUAUAAAAAAGAGGGUGCAAGAUUUGCCAAAUGGCGUGUAGCGUAUAAAAUUACAGAAACUACACCAUCAAUGCUAUCAAUUCAAGAAAAUGCUAAAAUACUUGCACGAUACGCUUCUAUAUGUCAAGCGAAUGGUUUAGUUCCAAUUGUUGAACCAGAUGUUUCAAUUGAAGGUAAUCAUGAUUUGGAAAGAUGUCAAAAAGUUUAUGAAGUGGUCUUAUCACAUGUUUAUAAAGCUUUGGUGGAUUAUAAAGUGUACUUAGAAGGAACUUUAUUAAAAACAGCAUUUGUGACCCCAGGUCUUUCUGUUUUAAAAUCAAAAACUAUGGCACAAAUUGGUGCCGCAACAAUAUCAACUUUACAAAGGACCGUACCAGCCGCUGUACCUGGCAUUGUAUUCCUUUCUGGUGGACUAUCCGAAACAGAUGCUACAUUAUGUUUAAAUUCUGUUACAAAAGAAGCUGCAACUCGUUUAACAAUCGAUAAAAGAGGUAGCAAAUGUCCAUGGACAUUAACAUUCUGUUAUGGACGUGCUUUACAAUUCACUGCAUGGAAAGUUUGGGAUGGUAAAGAUAAAAACGUGAAAGAAGCUCAAGAAGAAGUUAUAAAACGUUCAAAAACAAAUAGCUUGGCUUCUUUAGGAAAAUACUAAAAUUCUCUGAAUAAAGGAUUGUUUUUUCUUUAA